AAUGUCGUAUACUCUUCAAAGUUAGACUUCCUUGUCACAAAUCUUGUGUUAACUACCUUCGUUGUUUGUCAGCUAGGGCAAGUGAAGUUCAUUUUGGUACUUUCAGUUUCGAUUUGAAGACCCGCGCCCUGCAGUCGGAUUGGUUCGUUGUUCAUCGGGGAAGUGCUUGCUGAUACUAAGACCAGGAACAACUUUCACAUCUUAGAAGCACCCAUCCGGAUACCACCGUUUUACAGUCACUUUAAAUAUGGAGCGAGGAAGAAAGGUUACUGCAGACGUUAAUUCAGACCAUGGCAGCGAGAAAGAUGGGCAAUAUUUUGAAGAAAACAAGAGCUGUCCAUCCUGCAAAGAAGAGAUUGAGCGUCUAAAGCAGGAGAACAAACGACUGAAAGAGGAAUUGGCCGAGGUUUCGGAGACCGUCAGCAGAGGGUGCCAUUGCGGCCAUAAGUGCGAAUCUCAGGCACCGAGCAGCAUGGACGCUGCAGACGGUUUUCCGGAAGAAGGGUCGCGUGGACUAAACGAGGCGACCGGGGCAAUGAAAGGAAGCUCAGUGAUGAGGAAGACACGGAAUGACAGCUCUCAGAUGGCGGGUGUCUUCAGACAAAGUCCUGACCGCAUGGGGAGCGAGCGCAUGGACUGUGACGAAACACACAGCAGAGCGGCAAGCAAAACGGCGAGCAAACCAUCGACCUCAGUCACCGCGUCUGCGCCCAAGCGAGAGGGAGCACAUCUCAGAGGGGCUGCAGGAGGACGGGACGAUGGCGCGGUUGGCGAGAAUUCGCUGUCGGAGCUGAAGAAGGUUCCACGAAAGCUUAUGGGCAGGCUGGAAUUCAGCGAUUCCCACACCGUCCUUGUGGAUGUGUAUUAUUUAUCUGUAAACGGAACCAUAGUUGCCAUAAAUGGGCUGACUCUGUGGGAUGCCAACUCGGUGAGAAUGCCCUAUGCGGAGAAGAACAUGCUGCAGGGCGAGUCCCGAUGGAAGAAGAUUAGGACAUCCCUGAGGAACCUGGAGAAGUGUUGGUCUGUGACAGCUAAAGACGUUGAGAAGACUAUAAAGCUCUACAAUCCAAAAUACAAAGAAGAGUGGUCCUUUGAUGCACUUCAGAAAUUCUUUGAGGUUAUGAAAGGUGAUGAGGGGAAAAGCCUCACUCCCACGCUCAGAAGAAUGGCAGGGCUGGCACUUGAGCUGCCUGAGGUUUGCCCAAAGGGCAUUCCCCUGCUCCGGACAGGAAAGAGCCAUUCCAUCACUCUAUCCCAGAAGCAGAUUGCCUGCCUACUGGCCAAUGCUUUCUUCUGUACCUUCCCCCACCGAAACGCCACCAACUCCCAAGCCGAGUACGCCAAGUACCCCACCAUCAACUUCCACAGCUUGUUCGGUAGAUGGUCAGAGCGGAAGAUGCAGAAGUUCAGGGCCAUUUUUCAUUACUUCCGGGUGGUGACAGGUGCAGAAAAAAAGGAAUGGAAGGUGCCUGAAGGCCUGGUAACCUUCAGCAGGGAGUACAUUUCAGAGUCGAGCCUACUGUCCUGGAAAAGUUGCUCAGAACAUCUGACUAACCUCCACAUCUUCUCAGAGGGAACCAUUGAGGGGAAUGGGCAGGACAAGCUCCAGGUGGACUUUGCUUGUAGCCUGGUGGGCGGAGGGGUCCUGGCAUCUGGCCUGGUCCAAGAGGAGAUCCUCUUUCUGGUCCACCCUGAGCUGAUUGUGGCCAGGCUGUUCACAGAGAAACUAGGAGACACGGAAUGCCUCAGGAUCACAGGCGCCCAGCAGUACAGUGAAUAUUAUGGCUACAAGGAUGAAUUUACGUGGGUAAAACAUCAUGAGGACAAGACUGAAAGAGAUGAAUGGCUUCGGCGGAAAAGACAGAUUGUCGCCAUUGAUGCACUGGAUUUCAAAAACCCGAAAGACCAGUUCCAUAUGAAGAAGGUUGACCGAGAGCUCAAUAAGGCCUAUUGUGGGUUCACGGGAGACAGUGAAACGCAUUGCUACUACCCUACCAUCGCCACGGGCAACUGGGGCUGCGGGGCCUUCGGCGGAGACGUGCGACUCAAAGCUCUUAUCCAGAUGAUGGCUGCCGCUGUAGCUAAAAGGGACAUGGCCUACUUCACGUUCGGUGACAGAGGGCUGAAGCAGGAGCUCGAGGAGAUGCACCGUUUCCUGACCCAACGCAACAUCACUGUGGGGAGCUGUGGCUAAAGCAUGCACUGACAGGCAGGACAACACAGCUUUCCCACAUGUCCUGGAAAAUGAACAUCCUGGAAAAAUCUGUUCACCACCCCACCCCCCUGGGCCACGAAUGGCGAAUCUACCCCUCUAUAAUACAGGUGUUGACCUGGAACAUAAUGUGUUGAAAAGAGUGGGAACCCUGAUAGCAAUACAGGUGAGUUAGCAUGAUCUCUCAGACAGCAGCUGCUAACCUGUAGGCUCUUGUUGAGCAGCUUGGUAACCUGAGGAUCUGUAGCAAACCCAUAGACUUUCACCUUGAAGUCCGUAUUAUGUGUUGGCACUGAAAUUUGCCACUCCAAAGGCAAAUCCAAACCAAAAAGCUGUCCCAACGUUGCAAACCCGCUCAAAUGACUUGGGCCUGAACUUGGCCAUCCUGCUGUGUUCCCCCUCU